AGGGCACAUUUGCCAUUAUGUUACGCAAAUUACGCUUGCUUUAUUUGCAUAAUGUAUCGUUUCUGCAACUGGGUAUUGAUAAACCUACUUUGCACAUUAUCACAAGUUACUAAAUUAAUUCAUUUUAUGAUAUUGUUCAUUCAUUGAUAAUGAUUGCUUUGUCGAAGCAUAGCAUUUUUCCUAACACUUUAUUUUUGGCACAUUGGCGGCGCGGUAUUUGCAGUCUGGCGCGCCCCCUGGGUGGGUUUAACUCCUAGAAUGUUGCUAGGAGACCAAACACAAACUCAUUUUGUAGAGAUCCCGCUAUCAUAUCUCUAGAAUUCACACAGUCUUGGCUUCCCAUUUUGAAUGAAGAGAGCGAAGUGGGCCGAGUGACACCAAAACAGCACCCCAGGAGGAGCUUGAGAGAGGAACCAUGCCAAAGAAGGGUGCAAAAAAGGGGGGAGCAGGGAAGCAGGCAGGGAUGACGGAGGAAGAGAGACUCUUGUACAUGCAGCAGAGGGCCCAGGCAGAGGACGAGAUGUCCAAAAGGAAGGAAGACAUGCUAACUCAAUUUCUCAAGGAUAAGCUGCAGAAGGAGGAGCGCAACAGUGCAGUGAACCUGCACAAGUUGACGCAGCAGUGGCGAGCAGUUCUCCGCCAGACACGGGCAGCUGAACUGCGCAGUGACAUUGCUGUGCUCAGCCAGACCUUUGAGAGGGUGCUGGACCGGAAGGACAGUGUCAUCAAGUGUUUGGUGUGUGACCUGAGUGAGGCAGAGCAGCAGUCAGCCCAGGCCCUGCGCUCUCACCUGGAGUGUGUGGACUGCCUGCUGGCCCUGCAGAAGGGUAGGCUGGCAUCCCUGGAGCAGCAGUGGAACAGCGGCCUGGAGGGACUGAGCUACGAAUUCAAUUCUGAGAGGGAGCAGAUCCUGUCCCAGCACCAGCAGGAGUGUGCUUACCUGGAGGAUGUGACCUUUGCCAUGGAGCAGUUCUACAUGGAGGUAGAUGGGGAGGCUCGCCAGGACUACCAGAGCACCAGAGACGACAUCAAGAACAGGAACAUAGAGGAGAAACAUGCGUUGAGGAUCCAGUUAGAGGGGACGGUGGAGGGCCUGUGGCGUCAGUUCCAACAGGCCCUACGCAGCUACAAUGAGGCUACAGAGGACCGCCACAUCGCCUUUGAGUCGUUGAGGACCCGCGACCAGCGCAGUGCCCAGGAGAUCGACACGCAGAUGAGGAGGCUGCAGAAGAUGCAGGACUCCAUAUCUGCUCUGCGCUCUAGGCUGAACUCCAGCCAGAAGGAGAGUGAGGGGGCAGCACGGGGCCUGAGGGCGGCCAGGGAGGAGGUGACCCUGCAGGCUCGCCAGCUCAAGGCCCAACUGAGCCGUGCCCGCGCAGCCGAGAGGAACCAGCUCACCAACCUCACUGUGCACAGCAAUGCCGCUGCCAAGAACCUACAGGGCAUCAUCACUAAGGGGGAGAGGCUGCUGCGUCUGGCUGAGAUUUGUCGUAAACUGGAGACAGAACAUGAGAAAGUCCUCCCCUUCUACACCUCAUCUCUCACUGCUGAGGAAGAGAGCCAGGAGAGAGCUAAUGCUAUGGAGACUCCAUCUGAGGAGCUGGCACAGGCCAUGCUGGACUACCUGGUUCUGGAGCGAUUCUGGCAGCGUUAUAACAAGGUUCUGCUGGAGCGGCUGUGUUUGGAACGGGAGAGAGGAGCUCUGACCCAGGAGAACCAGCAACUGCGGAUCUUACUGCGCCAGUACCUGGAUGGCAUCUCCGUUAGUGACGAGAUCCUCCGCCAUCGCAACCCCCUGCUGAUGGUGUCACGGCCCACCCUCGGCGUUCAACCCACUGCUGAUGCCCAACGCAAGCGCCACACUGUCAUUGAGGCAGCACAUGUUGUGCAGCGCACGCUGUAAACUCAAUAACAGGCUCACAUCACACACCAUCACUCCUAGAUUAACUUUAAACUGCCAGAAUGCACUCCUUCUGACAGAACUCAAUUCCUUAUUCUAUUUGUGUUUUACUUCUUUCUACCAAUUCCUUACAAUAUCCAUCAAAUAAAAGAGGACUAUUCCAUCCGAUAA